AAAUUUACUUGAUGCUGAAAGACAUUUGAUUUAAUGAUAACGUUCUAAAUGACGUUAACAUUAUUGACUAACUUAAGGAAGAAUCGAUUUAAUUGUUUGCUGGAGUUCUUUUGAAGAAUCGAGCAUUUUCAUUAUUUAAUUCUUGGCUGGCGUCGGGAUUUAUUGGAGGGGCGCACUGUUCUACAGGCCGAUUUCAUAUAUUCUCUCAUAGAAUGAUGUCACAGUGAUAACAGGAAUACGAUGUUUGAACAAAAAUAGAUGAUCUCUAGUAAUAUUGUUGCUUUCUGAAGUUAGUCAUUAAUGAAAGGGACAAGUUUGGGUGCUACUGUACACUAUUUUACUACCAGACUGCUGAAUGGGAUACAGAAACAGGAAAAAAUAAAACCCUAUAAAGUUUCGUCAAUUCAAAGUGUGCCCAGCCAUAUUAUUAGGCCUUCCUAUGUGGGAUCUAUUUCAAAUCCUGCUAUUGUAAAAGAUCCAGAAGUACACGAUGAUACUGGUAUUCACCACAUGAGAAAUGCUGGAAGACUUGCUGCUUCAGCUCUAGAAUAUGCUCGAUCACUUGUCAAGCCAGGAAUCACUACUGAUGAAAUUGACAAGGCUGUCCACAAAAUGAUUAUUGGUGCUGGUGCAUAUCCAUCUCCUUUAGGUUACAAAGGAUUUCCAAAAAGUAUUUGUACUUCAGUAAAUGAGGUUGCAUUUCAUGGUAUCCCUGACUUGCGCCCCUUGGAGGAUGGUGAUAUUAUCAACAUUGAUGUUACCAUUUACUUGAAUGGAUAUCAUGCAGAUACAUCAAAAACAUUCUUGUGUGGCAAUGUUAAUAAUAAUGCAAUGCAAUUGGUGGAGGUGACAGAGGACUGCUUGGAAAAGGCAAUUUCUGUUUGUGGACCAGGGGUUGAGUUUAAAGAACUUGGCAAAAUAUUCAUUGAUAUUGCAGGGAAGUACGGAUAUAGUGUUGACACAAGUUAUGCUGGCCAUGGCAUAGGAAAGCAUUUUCACUCAGCUCCCUGCAUAAACUUUUGUGAGGAUCAAGCUGGAUGUAUGAUGGCUGGGCAAACCUUUGCACUUGUUUAUGGAUCUGCAGAGCCAUUGUUGUCACUAGGGAGCAUUGAGUAUGAGUUGUGGGAUGACAAUUACACUUUUGUGACUGCUGAUGGUAGUCUUUCUGCACAAUUUGAACAUACACUACUAAUCACAAAGACUGGUGUGGAGAUUUUGACAAAGUUAAGCUGAUUGCUAUGGUUCUUCAGAUGGUGUUCACGUUAAUUUAGCAAUUAUACAUGAUUUUGCCCUGCUUGGGAGGUCUGAAAAAUCUUUCUAUCAUAUCAAAGAAAUUGUUUUUGAUGUAAAUUGAGGAUUGUUAUAUGUUGCUAGCUUGGUCUCAAUUUUUCCUCAAACCUGGAGUGUAUUUUGAAUCUUUGAUUAUUAGCAUGCCCUGCCAAUUAUGUUAUAAAUAUAAUCUUGUAAUUACUGGAUUUUGUACCAUCUAGGUUAUCUAUAGCUGCUAGGUUGGUCUAUGUUUGCCUAUAUCAGAAGGGCUUUUUUGGCUUCAAGCAGGCCUCCAUAUUCGUAUGUACUAAAUCUACAUAUUUCUAUUAUUAAUAUAUUUAGGCCUAGUGCCUUUUGCCAAAAAAUAAA